AUGAAUCCACCUCCUCCACCUCCAGCUCCGUUCCCCAAUCCAUCUUCUUACACCUUCCUUCCACCAAACCCUAACCCUAAUUUCUUUCCCUCUCACCUUCACCACCCCCCCUCUCCUUCCAGCACCAGCACCAGCACCAGCACCACUAACCUUCCGACCCUUAAUGACCUCCACACCACCUUGUCAACUCUCAAACAGCUCAUAAACCUAUCACAAGCUGCCAUAAUCUGCAUCUCCACUCUACUUCCUCCCACCGCUUCCACCUCCACCUCCUCCGCUACCUGCCCCUGCCCUUUCAAUCCCCAUCACCAACUUCUCCCAAAGUCCCUCUUCCGCCACUUCUUCCAAUGCUCAUCUUCUACCACUCCUCUCGACCCUUCCCUCCUCCAGUCCCUCCACUACCCCAAAACUCUCCAAUCUUCAGCCGAACUAAUCAACCAAAACCGUUUCGUACAAACCCUCCACGACCCCAGCACAGACCUCUGUUUUUCUCUCGACGAUUACUUCAAUUUUCGUCCCAAUUUCUUUUAUAAAGAUUGCCCCGGCGUUGUUACUUCAUCCAAUCAAAAUAAUACAAACCCAAUGCUCACAUUACCGGGGGUUCUAUGCAUAGAAUGUGCAAAUUUUAUCGGCAGUGGUGAUAAAGAGACAAAGGGUUUUGAUAGAAAUAGUGUUAGACUCCUUCCUUCGGAGAUUUGGAUUGUUAGGAGUGAAAUUGAGGCAUGGAAUGAGUAUCCUAGUUCCUAUUCCUAUGCUGUUCUUCGAGCAAUUUUGUGCUUGAAACUGAGUGAAUUCCAUGAUUUGAUGAGAUGGAUCAUUGUGAAUUCGCCUCGUUAUGGGGCUGUGAUUGAUGUGCCGAUGAGGGAUCAUAUAGUUUUGCUUUUUAGGCUAUGUUUGAAGGCGAUUAUUGGGGAAGCCAUUGGAUUAGCAGAUCCAGUUUUUAACAGAGAGGUGGAGUUGAGUCCGAAAAUGAAUGGAAAGUUGUUUGCCGUGAACAUGCUAAAGCAAUGCCUAUUUUAUUCUUUAUUGAAUUCUUCAUUGCACCCCUUGGAGCGAAACACCACGGAGUCACCUCCUUUGAAAAGAUUGGAUGAUAUGCCACUUGGAAAAAGUACCGAGAAUGAAGGUAACAAUAUAGCUGUUGGCACCGUUAGUGACAGUGUAGUUUUUGUUUCUCAAGUAGCUGCGGCAGUUGCUGCAUUGCACGAACGGUCUUUUCUUGAAGAAAAAAUAAAAGGGUUACGGAAUCCACAAGCACUGAGUGAUUACCAGAGAAUGGCUGAGCAUGCAUAUAUAUCAAAGAGAGCUGAUGAGGAGCGGCGGAAACGCACUAACUUUAGACCCAUACUUGAACAUGAUGGGCUUCUGUGGCAGCAUUCACGUAAUCACCCUUGCCCGAGGAGCAGACAAGAUAUUGUGUUACAGAAAUGGGGACUUCAAUAUGUAAAGGAAGAUGCAAUGACCACCCAACAUCCGGAGGAGUCGGGCUUUUAUUCAUCAUAUCUUCCUGGAACAGGUCCAUGCUAA